AUGAUCGGUAGUAUCGGUCCCAGUGGCCGAAACGGUUUGUCUCAGGCCUCUCCAUCUGCUUUCUCAGACACUCUCGCCCUGCGGCCACCAAAAAGAGAAGCAGGGUUACUGGAUAUGCAGGUCAGCGAUAUUAUCGACUCGGAGAUACGCGAUAAAGUUGUAGCAAUGCUUCCGUCCUAUCCAUCCUACCCACUCCUUUAUCUUACUUAUGCGCUCAUCAGGAGUGAUGGAGUAUUGGACGCAGCUCGAGAUUUACUUCACGUUACACGUCAAAAUAAGGGUCAAUAUCUAUCGAUUACCUAUAUCACGAGUUUAGAAGAAAUUGGGAAUCUUACAAUGCGUGGCGAAGUUGAAAAAAUUAUCAACAUCGCUCCGGAGGUGAAAAUCUGGUGGGCUUUUUAUGCCUUGCAAGUUUGUGAUGGAUCUUCUGAUUGUGCUCUUCGUUUGUUAUUUGAGGGUGUCGUUGAUGCUUCUAAGGACCCUGGGACAUAUGUAGCUCCUGUAUCUACUAGGCGUGUCAGUCCGGCAAUCAGUCCUAUGAGCAGACCGGAUGAAAGCUUGUUUGUAGAUUCGUCGUCAGAUUUAGAAAGCUCCAUUUCCAGCGAUAUUAGUGGCAAUAAAUCGUCGAAGCCCAGUUUAUCCUCACCUGAGCUAUUGCACCGAAUCCCAGACAACUCAUUCGUCGACACUAGCGACGAUGAUGAAUACUUCAAGUCAGAAGAGGAUGAUGCGACUUUGCGUGCCAGCCCUGACCACAGCAACCUGCGAAAGCUACCUACUGAUAAAGGUAAAGGCAGAUCAGACCCGGAAGAUUAUAACUCCGAUAUUGAGAUGAUCAAUAUUCCACCCUUCAAGGAGAGUCCUCAGGCAAAGAGACAUGCGGAACAGAAACGUAAUUGCAAGUUCUGUGGGACGGAACAAAAGGACUGGUUGGCGCGAACCAGUCACGAGGAAUCAUGUCGUAUGAAGACGAAGCAAGUUUGUGUCAAAUGCAAAAGGGAAGUCUCAAAGUCUGAUAUAAGAAGGCACGAAGCCGGGUGUGAUGGUCGAACCUCAAGACGUGAUGGCCCAGAAUACAAAGUCCGUGGUUCAACAAGAAUUUCCGUUUCUCGUGACAGUUCUCCGGAUUUCGAUUCAUCUGAAGGUCUUACUAAAGAGCAGCUGCAAAAAGUGAAGGAAAUGCAACAAUACCUCCCUCACCUUUCGGUUAGUAGAUGCAGUGAGUCCUUAGAGUUGUGCGAUUAUAAUAUUGCAGAGGCUAUAAAGUUGGAGAGGGAGACGUUUACUUCGGAUGACGAAGCUGAGAAUCGAGAUUCUUACAUGCGGAAGGAUGAUUCGCGAAAGAGAGGAUCGGGAAGUACGUCGGUUGAGCGUGUCACAAAGAAGGCACGUAUCCAGGUUGGCGAUGGAGAUACGAAUUUAGAGCCCGCCAGCCAGUGGAUUAAAAACACCUUUUCUGGUCUUUGUCAAAACUCGGCUAACCUUACAAUUGUCAAUCUCUCCGGCUCAAAAAGUCGUUCAGUUCCGACGAAGCUUAUCUGCGACAACUCGAGAUACUUAAAGAACAUGAUUGAUCUCACAGGAGAUGAAGAUGCUCUAAAGGAAAUAUUUCUCUUAGAUGUCGAGCCAGAUCUCUUUGAUGCGCUCAUACAAUAUAUGGUCUGUCGCAACGUCUCAUUUGGUUCUCGAGUAAGCCAAACACGAAAGAUUACUUCGAUCGUAAACUUCGUAGUUCUCGCAAACGAGCUCAAAGUUGCUGGACCAGCGACUACCAUGCUUCCCACUCUUGAAAAAAUCCUGAAGGAAGAACGAAAGAGUCUAGCUCCUUCAACUAUCUUAAAAGGUGGCCACGUGGAAAAGAUCUUUUCGACUCUUGGAGCUGGUCAUCCCCUUUCAGAACUAUUCGUCAGAGCAUCAGUACGGCCAUUUCUCGAACACAAAAUUGACAACACUUCUAUCGAAGAGGACUUUGACAACGGCUCUGAACUCAUGCCAGGCGACAUGGAAGUGUAUCGCAACAAACCAGCCCAUCUUGCAUUUAAGUUGAAUGAUGACAUCAAAUCAGCUCUAUUAUUAAAGGUCUUUGAAACUACGAGCACUAGGGAAAGUCGACAAAAAUAUACGCGCAGCAAAAUUCCUAAGGAUUCUACUACUUGGUUCACCGAUCCGCUUGAUGAUAGCCAGUUCACUAUUUGA